AUGCAGCGAAGUUCAGCUGGAUCGACGGUGCUGCUGCAGGCCCGACCUCAGAACGGCCUGCCGAUGCCGUUGAUCCGCGAGCCGAACCCCAUCCGGCUCAUGUCCAGCUCCUCGACCUCACGUCUUCCGGAGGAGGAAAACGGCGAGGAACAUCUCCAGCAGCCGUCGACGUCCACAGCCCAGCCUUCUCCAUUGUACCAAGAAGAGAACGUCUUUUUCGAGCAGGUACUGCUUUUUUGAUGAAAAACCACAAAAACUGAGGUUAACAGAGAUAGUGAAAGUCUUCAAGUGUUUAGGGUGAGCUUAGAGAGUAGAUACAGUUCAAGAAAGUUCAAAAAAAGUCCGAAAAAUGCGUAGUUAUUUUAGGACAGUAUUAGAAAAAUGGGAAGAAUUGAAAAUUUUUUCUCAAAAUUGAUAUUUGUGAAAAGCGCUCAAUACUCCAAAUGUCUUAGAAGGGUUUUUAUCACACUCCAAAUUUGGAAACUGAGAUAUUUUUCAGAUUGGGAAAAUGCCUCUACGAGUUCCUAAUAAUUUAUCCAUAAAGUAAAAAUCUCUAUAUCUUCAAACAAUUUUUUUCAUUUUCUAAAAAGGAAGUAUAAAUGUGAUUCUAACUCUACAAAAUUGCGAAAUUAAAAAAAGAAGAUCAAAAAAAGAAUCAAAAUUUUUAACCUUAAAAUAAUCAACUCUUUGAACCUUAAUUCCGCUCAAAAAGGAAUUUCAAGAAACUUAUUUAGGAUCAAGUUAUUACAAUUCAUUCACGGCUGAAAAAAGUUCAACGAGUAGAAGUGCCAGAAAAAAGCGGCAUUAUGCGUUUCUGUAGUAGUUUUUGAUAAAAGUCAGCAAUAACCUUUUUUAGACCAUUAAAAUCGCGCCUAAAACGACAAUUUUUUUUUUAGCAGUCUCAGGAAAAUCCUGAAGAGAACGCUCCUGAACAAAUACCAAACGGCAAAACGGAGACGAUGCCAGCCUUGACGCCGAUCUACGUCAAGACGAACGGCAGUUCCUUCGGGGAGAAGCCGAGCAAGCCGUACAGGGCAGAAGGCUCCCUGACGUCGUCGCCGAAGAGCAGCGGGACGGAGCGCGUCUCCUCGCAGGAGCCCUUGUCCGUCGACAGUCCCCACGUCGUUUACAGUUCCGGACCGCCGUCUCCCCGUCUCGUCGGUCCCGUCUCCUCCAGCUCCCAGGAGUCCUCCGCCCAGGACUCUCAGCAGGUCUCCCCGGCCUUUUUCCACACGGGCGGCGAAGGCUCUUCGGUUAGUUUUCGUGAAUUCUUCUGAAAGGAAUGUUUGUUAGAAAGUUUCAACAGCCUUUUUUGUUGAAGUUUUGAUUUUUAUCCGAGAAAAUAGCAAAAAACGCGCUUUGAAGGCUGUAAGACGAAUGAAAAAAAACUGAGAAGCGUUAACCAAAAUACUUUCAUUUUUCAAUUUUUAUUUGAGAAAGUCAGAUAAAGAAUUUUCCUUGUAAAAAUGAACAGAAGAAAAAAAUGUGUUGUACGAAAGUUGAAGAAAAAUGAACGAUUUAUUCUUUUUCCCACGUUUUAUCAGCAGUGAUAAACAAUCCAUUAGCUCGACAAACAUUCUAGAAAGCUUUGAAAGCUUUUUAAAAGCUUUUAGAGCUUUCUAGAAUGAUGACGGUGCUUCGUAGGUUUGAUGAAAUCGUAUUUUUUCUUAUUUAUUUCAUCGCCUUGUCUUGAGUUUAUUUCGCGAUUUUUUGUUUUAAAGCCCUGUCCGUCGUUUCUAAGACGAAUUUUUGAAGUUUUAGAAUUAAGUUGUGUCUUGUUUUCGCGCUUUCAUGCAAGAAACUAUUAGAAAAAAAUUUAAUGUAAGCUCUAUAGAAAAAAAAGAAUGCGCUGGGAACUUUUUCGUUUUAGAAAAGCCUUCCGAUGGAGCCGACAGCUGUGAAUCCUGAGGAUGGAGUUAGGAAGAAGAGGAAGUACACGAGGAGGCAGUUCAACAACAACAACGAGCAAAUCUCGCGGAAAAGCCACAGGUUCCUUGUGGGACAGUACUGUUUUUCAAGUUCUAUUUGCAGAAUAAAUAGAAGCGAGAACGACGCGGAGGACCUCGUCGACAACUACAUUGGAUCGAGUAAGCGACAAGGUGAGAUAGAACCCAAAAAAGUGAAACUGAAACCGAAAGGUUCGUUUAGCUGCCGCUUAUCAAGCGCCGCGCGGUCUCAAACGGAUCCCGCAUCGAUUUCCGACCCUGGUCAAGAACCGAUUGAUCAUCGAUAUGGUAUGUUUUGAAUCGAAAUUUAAUUGCCGAAAUACGCUUUUUUCUAGAAUGGCCCAAGCACGAGAAGCAAUCCGGACACUGAAGAUCCCUUGAAGAAACGCUACGGACGGAUAAAUAUCGGAAAAGAUCAUCAGGUAAACACUGAAAAAGGUUCAAGUAAAGAAAAUUAUAAAAAUUUUUUUUUUCAUUUCUUUCGUCUUGUUUAUGGCCAUGAGUCCCAUUUAACGUUGAAUUUUUCUGAAAUUGCGCAAAAAAACAAGAAGGAAUGUCACUAAUUAACUAUUUUCAACUUGAAUCUUUUGAACUUUUUUUGGCUGAAAAAAGGAAAAUUGAACAGCAGGAAAGGGCUCCUGAAAGAUUUGAAAAAUUCCAAAAAAAGAUGACAAAAGAUUUUCUGAGCAAGAACUUUUCGGCUCAAAAAUAAUACGAAGUCCCAGUUAUAAAGAAAAUUUGAAACUCCCAAUUUUCACCCUUUUUUCCAAUUAAGCAAAUUCGCAUUCAAUCCUCCAGGGGACACUCAGUUCUAUAUCAUUUCUUUGAACCUUUUGUUAUUUUUUCUCCUUUCCUAUUAGUAAAACUCGAUUUUAAGAGCAGGAACUAGUUUGAAGAAAAAAAGAGUUUAGUUCAAAUGGAAAAGAAACGUUUUUUUAAAAAUUAUUCACGUAAUCCAGGUCUUUUCAAAAACUUUCCUUUCUACAAAUUUUACUCUGUUAAACUGAAAUUCUUGAAAAAAAUUACUCCAUUUUCAAGGUCGACCUUCCUCCGGUCAUGGAACGCUCCAGCGCUGAGGAGACUGAGGACAAGGAGGAAUUGAUUUUUUCUGAUCCUGAUGGAAGGCUCAGCACUUCGAUAGACGAUGCCUGGAACGUCAUCAGAAGGCAGUUCGACAAUCGGAUUCCCUUCGACGCGGUUUGUAAUUCAAUGAUUUUCUUGAAGAUUCAGAUUUUUGCAGGUUUUGCACCGACUGAUGAGCUGUGACUUCGACAUCAACGCAAUGCUGCAGACGAUUGAAUUGGAGCUGGACAAUCUUCCGCAGCCCUUUGAAAGGUUUUUUUCUGGCUUAAGCAUAAUUUUUUCAUGAUAUACCAUUUUGCAGAUUAAAUGUGGCGCAGCAGGAGGAAUUUGAAAGAGCGAUUCGAAAAACCAAAGUGCCGAAAAUGGUCUCGUCGAAGACCGUGGAGAAACAGCGAUUCGCCGAGAUCCAGGAACAAUUUGUGAGUUUUAAUUUCAUUUUUCUGAUUCUUCUUUGAAAAAAGAAAGAAAGGUAGAGCUGCUGAAAAAACUCACCAGUUUUUCAGUGUGUCUAGGUGAAAGUCUGAAAGAGUUUGCAGAGAAUUUGAAAAAUUCACAAGUUAUACCCUGAGCUCUAAAAAUGACAGACCGAUAAAAAACUGUCAAUCUAAUUUCUUUUCGCCUUUGUAAAUAUUUUUUCUGAUAGUUUGGAUUUUUCAGAUGCGCAGCCAUUACAUUGGCGAAAUCGUCGAGUAUUAUUACACGACGAAGAAACAUUGCUGCAUCAACGAACGCUAUGCGCGUUGUCUUUGCAGAGAAAGGUUAGUUUUUGAACAUUCGUUUUCAAAUUUUUCGAAACUUUUAAUUGUUUUUUUGAUCUAAUAAACUCUGAAAUUACAUUUAAAAAUCGAUUUCUUAGGCGAAUUGCAACUUUCGCCGAACGUUUUAGCGAUGUAGCGAAAGAUUUUCGAAAUCAAAAAAAUUUCAAAAAAAUUUCCGGAAAGUUUCGAUAUCCGAUAAAUUUCUUUUUUUGCCGCUUUUUUUCAAUCGUUUUCCACAGUAACGAAUGUUUUUUUAAGUUUUGCCUUUCUCUAUUUUUUUCUCGUUUCAUGGUUUUUUUCAAACAUUUUUCAAUGCUUUUCGAUACGAAAAAAACAAAACAUGAAUAAAAAAAUUCUUAAUUUCGAGCAAUCUGAAGCUCAUUUUUUUCUCCGAAAAAAAAAAUGAUUCAGUAGUUUUUUUUAAAGAUUUACGAGUGACGUUCCGCCAAAAGUUACUCGUGUCGAGUGCUUCAACUGCACUAAGACCGUCUGGCAUGGCGGAAAACGCGAGAAGAAAAUCUGCCUCAUCUGCGAUCUCUAUCACAGGUAGAACAAGAAAUGAAAAAAAGCUUCAAGUGAAAAAAAAUCUUUUUAGGCGCACUGGACAUCACCGAAUUUGUUCGGGCGGCUUUACUGAGAAAGAAAUCGAAAUUCUGGAUCUCUGGGCGAAGCUUCAGAACGACUUCCAGACCUUCUUGUCUUUGAAAGAGGUAUUUUUGGUUUGAAAAAUGGCGAACUCUUUGUUAAAAUUUGAAAAAAAAAAAGAGAAAACCUCAAAAUUUCUCAAAAAUAAUAACGAAAACUGAAGUUAAAAAAAUCUAGUAGUUGACAUAAAAAAUAUUCAAACAAUUAUGCUUGAUCUUUAUUUGAAACUCUUCAAAAAAAAUUUUUUUUAGGUAACUGAAUAUAUGGAAAAUGAGCGUCUGGAAGAACUUCGGUCAAGACCUUUGACCCAAGAAGAGGUAAUAUUUUUCUACCAACCUAGGAAAAUCAAAAUUGUGAUUUAAAAAAAAGAUUUAUAGUUUUGUUCUUUAGACUUCAAUGCUUCCCACGAAAUGGGCCACGGAGAAGCAAGAUUUGGUGCAACUGACGAAGAAGUUUGAGCCGCGAGCUCUUCCGGGGUGAGUUUUGGAGAAAAAAGUUAUCUUUUUCACUCUGUGACGGCUAUUUUGAAUUUCACAGAAUCACUAUGAAUACAGCAUAAAAUUAUAAAUUAAAGUUAAAACUUGAUUUUCAUACGUCAUUUUUUUCAAAGGAUUGAAGUUGAUUUUAAGGCUAAUAUGUUAUAUCUCGAAGUUGUGUAAUUUGAUAUUUCAAAUUUAAGUUUUGCAGAUGUACGUUGGCUGCACCGGAAAACUAUGAAAUGUUAGCAUUUCGCGUGAAGCACUACUCCGAAGCGGAAAAACUUUUAUUCAUGAAAUGUAAGAAAAGAAAAUCUAUCGGUUCAAAAGAACUCUUUCCAGACUUUGAACUGCUCGGAAAUGAUUUCGAGACGGUGGCGGAAAAAAUGCAUCGUUCCGUGACAGAAGUCAGCGUGUUCUACGUCAGAUUCAAGCGACUUUUGGGUCUCCCUGAGGUUGGAUCAUGCUUCAUCUACCAGAUGAAAUUCUUGAAAGUAGAAUUUCUGAUUGCUGAGGAUCUUUAAAGUAGAUUUCUCGAACCUCUAAAAAUUAAAUCUUUUAGAGCUUAUAGCUAAAAACCAAGGAGUUGUGUAGACUAUCCUUUCUAGUUGUUACGAUCUUCAAGGAACUUCUCAUGAAAUUUUCCGCAAAAUCCCGAGUGAAAAGAAAUCGCCUCCUCUGUAAAAAAUUUUUCUCGACCUUGUCCUAAUUUUCAGUUUUCUCAUAUGAAGGAGUGUAAAAAACUCGUUCCAAAGCGAUGCUUUCAUUUCAAAUUAUCUUCAGUUCGUUUUUCGAAACGAGUCUUCACGUGUUUAUUUUGAGGUGGUGCAGAUGGCGAACGCGCGACUUUCCCGUUCUCCUAAGCGCCAUUGCACGCCAGACGACGGCGAACAAGAAAAGACGGACGGUUCGAAGACGAAGAAACGUCGGACCAUCGCGGCGACGAUGGAGGACGACCCUCAGCCCAAGAGAUCGCGCCAUUCCUACCCCAAGUAG